AUGCAACUCGAUACUCCUGAGUUGAUACACAAUAUCGCGAAACAAGCCGAGAAGCUGGCGACACAUAGUUGGGAGUAUGGUACACUUGCACAAUCUCUGCUCGAGGUCUUCUCCCCCGACAUUUCCGUCUUCAGCGCCCGGUCGUUCCCCCACAGCAGAGCCCCCGUUGUUGACGAUACAGACACCAAUCGAGGUCUAACAUUUGGGAAACGACAUAUCAAACUUGACCAGCCAAAUUUGACCGGCGAUGAGGAUUCCGCGGCAGAUCCUGCCUCUCUCGGCGUCGUUGCUGUGCUUCUCGGGCAAGUCGACCCACCCUACAUGGCAGCGGCAGAGAGGCAGUUUGCGACACUAGUCGAGAACACUCCGCGAAUGGGGAAUGGGGCAAUCAGUCAUAAAGUACGCCGAGCGGAGACCUGGUCUGACAGUGUUUACAUGGUACCACCGUUCCUUGCCUACUACGGAAUGGCAAAACUUGACCUGACCACAAUCGAGACUGCUGUCAAACAGUGUCAACUCUAUGCGGAACUCCUUCAGGACCCGGUCCAGGGACUCUGGCGGCACAUUAACGGGGAACACUUCAAAGACGGCGGAUUCUGGAGCACUGGAAAUGGCUGGGCUGCUCUGGGGAUGACGCGCGUGCUUGCAACUUUGGUGAACGGAGGUCACGGCCGACACAUGAUAGAUCGACUCCUUCAGCCCCUGAAGAGGCUGUUGGAUGGAGUCCUACUCCAUCCGAGGGAUUCUGCCAAUCUAGUUCGCAAUUACAUUGGAGAUCGGGAGGUGGUUUGGUUCGGCGAGGUUGCUGGCACGGCCGCCUUGACAGCUGUCAUGUACCGUGUUGCGACGCUGUUUCCCAGCGAGCUGAGCGAGGAUCACAUGGCAUGGACUGAAAGCAGCCGCGUUGCGGUCAUGCAACAUGUCGACUCGGAGACUGGCAAAGCCUCGCCCGUGGUCAAUAUGAUGGACACAAAAGAUCCUGAGCCGCAGGAUGCCUCAGCCGAGGGGCAGUGCUUCACAUUGAUGAUGUAUGCCGCGCAUAGAGACUGGCUCGAAGCUCAAGCCGCGAGUGGCUUGCUAUGCGACGGGUGA